CUUGCAGUCAAAAAUACAAAACAAGAAAACCAAAUCUCGAAAUGGAGGAGCUGAUGAGGCAACAACAACUGUCCAAUGGCCAGAAAAGUGAGAGGCAGGAACUCACCUGCAGCGUUUUAUUUACCAAUCCCAAGUUUAGAGCCGAUAAGUCAUCCACCAAAGAUGAAAUAAACUCUAUUGCGAGAAUGGUAUCGAACGCGGAGGAUCUCGAAUUGGAUAGAGUGUUUAGGAAGGUAUCAAAGAACGAUGUCGAAGAGACCAGGUCUCUGAAUCGCUCCCUCUUCGAGUUCGGUCAUAAUUUCGAGGAUGCCGAUGGCUGGCUGAAACUGGAGCAGCCUUGCAAGGAUCAGUUGGCCACGGUGCUGCGCUACAUGUUCGAGUCCCAUCUGAAGACCACUGUGCAGAUAGAAAUCAACAAUAUGUACUUCAACUGCCACUUCAUCGUGCUGCAGGUGUACUCUCGCUUCUUCAGCGAGCUGGAGAUGAUUCCGCUGCUGGUCACCCUGCCCGAGAACACCGUGUCCCAGAAGGCCUUUAUGCUCUCCUACAAGUGGAUGCUGAGCGAUGAGCCCGUCCUGGAGCUGGCCCACAUUGUGGAGGUCUAUGUGGCUGCCACUUAUUUGAGGAUCACUGGACUGGAGGCGCAUUGCUGGAGUUAUUUUGAUGAUGUGGAGUGUUACAACGAGGAUACGGCAUGUGCUCUAUACGUGGAGUCGAAGGACAAUCCCGCCAUGGAUGUGGUUCGCAAUAUGAUGCUGACUAGGAUCCGCAAGUUUCUGCUCACCUUUGUGGCCACCAAGGAGUUCCUGGAUCUGCCGACCUCUCAUCUGAUUUAUUUGCUCGAUUCCGAUGAAAUCUGUGUGAACACCGAGAUCGAGGUUUUCUUUAUAGCUGUUCGAUGGCUGGGUCACAAUUGGAACAAGAGGAAAGUGCACAUUCGGCGUUUAAUGUCCUGUAUUCGAUUCAACUUGAUGCCAUUGUGGUAUCUACUAUAUGCGCGACGGGAGGAGGAUCACUCGUUGGUGAUGGAGCUGAUUUUCCACCCGGAGGUGGAGUACAAGAUCGACGACUCCAUAGCGAAAAUAACGUCGCGCAUGUACGCGGCUUCCUUGGAGGGCAAUGACGCACAGAGUGAGGACUACGCAAGUGAUUCUGGACAGCGAAACUGGAUUUGCGAUAACUUGUGCAGCUAUUAUCACGGCGUGGGUUGUCCCAAUACCCGGGAAAUUUGCUUCAAACACUUCGAGGAUUACCUUCUGGAAUUACAACAAUGCUCCAAAGAUCACUGGUCGCAGGUGAUAUUUCAGGACCCGAGCAAAAAGAUUGACUGUUGCAGCUCAAGGAAGAUAAAAUCAGACGAUCUUGUUUCCGAGUAACAAUUGAAUUUGAAAAGUAACGGCUAGAAUUGAAAUUCGCGGGCUAGUAUAACAACUUAGCACACUUUUUGUUAUACAUUAUACACUUUAUUUAUUUGCUAUUAAUGAAACAAAUCAGCAUAUUUUCAUUGUAUUUUUUUAAUGUACAUCAAAAUUUAAAAAAAGCAAAAGGCCUAAUAAAAAUAAUUAAU